CCGUCUCCAAACCAUGGCGCCCUCGUGGAUCCUCCCCAUCUUCCCCGUCAUGCUCAGCGGAACCAUCGCCUCCAUCCUCGCCGAGCAGCAGCCCCCGCGCGCCGCCCUCCCCAUCAUCUGCGCCGGCCUCACCUUCCAGGGCCUGGGCUUCUCCGUCAGCUUCCUCAUGUACGCCCACUACCUCGGCCGCCUGAUGGAAUCCGGCCUGCCCGCGCGCGACCACCGACCCGCCAUGUUCAUCUGCGUCGGACCCCCCGCGUUCACUGCCCUAGCCCUGAUCGGAAUGACCUCCAAGCUCCCAGGCAUCUUGGAAAACACCACCACCACCACCACCACUACCGCUAUGGGCCACGACAAGGAGCUCGCCGCCCAGAUCCUGGCCCUGCUCGCCAUCGCCUGCGCCAUCUUCCUCUGGGCCCUGAGCCUGUGGUUCUUCAGCCUGGCCGCCCUCGCCGUCGCGCGCGGCCCGCCGCUCGCCUUCCACCUCAACUGGUGGGCCAUGGUCUUCCCCAAUACGGGCUUCACCCUCGCCACCAUCUCCCUGGGCGACGCCCUCGACAGCAGCGCCGCCGUGGCCGGGGUCGCUACGGCCAUGUCCCUCGCCGUUCUCUGCAUGUAUCUGUUUGUUCUGUUCCGGAAUCUCCGCGCCGUGCUUCGGCGCGAGAUUGUGUAUCCGGGCAAAGACGAGGAUGUUUCCGACUAGCUCCUCUCUUCUUUUUCCAUCCCUCUGGUCUUAGAAACAUCAGUCGUUUGGAUUCUGAUUUGCGUUGCGUUGCGUUGCGUUUGCAUUCCAGGUGUUGUUGUGUUCCGCUCUCGUUCAAGACUUCGUAGUAGAUCUAGACUAGGUAUUUCAUGCGGCGUUAGAAAGAAGAAUUAAUACACUAGAUAGACUAUACAUCCAACCCA